AUGCUGUUGCGGCCGCAAUCAGGUAUCUCUGACUCUGACCGGCAGUAUUCAUUUAGCUGCGAGGUGUGCGAGUGUGAUCUUAGGGGAGUCAGCAUAGUAGUGAAGUUUGCCAGCAUGGCAGGCAAAGAAUCAAGAUAUAGAAUAAGAUCGCCUAAAAUGUCUGAAAUUGAUAAACUUAUUUCAAGAAAUAGCGAACUCGAAGCAGCCAACAAUGCGCUUAAUGCACGAAUCAGAGAUUUGGAAAAUUUACGAGAAAACGAAUGUGCUCGUAACAGACGUAUGGAAAACGAAAUGGAUCAAGAGUUGCAAAAAUAUCAGAAUCUCGCGAACAUUGGAAUGAAGGAAAUCGCUAUGUAUCGUGAAUUGUAUGAGUAUGUGAUAGCCAGAUUGGACAUGCAUAUGAAAUCGACUAACACGAUUUUAACUGAUACAACAACUCCAUCCGCAGAUACCUCUCUCAGAAGCAACAAACGAAAACGUACUUUAUUGGAAGAAAGUGAAGAGUGCAGCAGUAAUGAUUACAGCGUUACAGGCAUUACUAGGGGUGAUGUAUGGAUUACAGAAGUGAAUCCCCAAGGACGAUUUAUAAAAUUCAAUAAUAAAGGCAAUAAGAAAAUAAAUUUGAGCGGCUGGCAGAUUAUUCACAAAGCUGGUACUCUGGAGACAGUUUUCAAGUUCCAUCGUUCCACGAAGCUCGAAGCAGGUGCUAACAUAGUGGUGUGGUCGGCCUAUAUCGGCGCAAUACACGCGCCACCAUCCAACGUGGUUAUGACGGAUCAAAAGUGGUUUGUAGCAGACAACAUGAUAACACUUCUAACCAAUAACGAAGGAGAGUCUUAA